AUAAAAUUCCUCUGUAAUACUAAUAAAGUUAAUAAUGUCUCGAAGAUAUGAUUCCAGGACAACUAUUUUUUCUCCUGAAGGGAGGCUAUAUCAAGUUGAAUAUGCCAUGGAGGCCAUAGGCCAUGCAGGUACCUGUCUGGGCAUCCUGGCUUCUGAUGGCAUCAUCAUUGCAGCAGAGAAAAGAAACACCAACAAACUCUUAGAUGAUGUAGCCUUUUCUGAAAAGAUCUACAAACUUCAUGAUGACAUGGCGUGCAGUGUGGCCGGCAUUACAUCUGAUGCCAAUGUCCUAAUUAACCAGUUGAGAAUCAUGUCACAACGACAUCAACUUCAGUACCACGAACCCAUCCCAUGUGAACAGCUGGUCGCCUCCAUUUGUGACAUCAAACAGGCGUACACACAAUUUGGAGGCAAAAGGCCAUUUGGUGUAUCCAUAUUGUACAUGGGCUGGGACCACCAGUACGGAUUUCAACUGUACCAAAGUGAUCCGAGUGGAAAUUAUGGUGGAUGGAGAGCUUCUUGCAUUGGAAACAAUAGUUCUGUAGCUAUUUCAAUGCUCAAGCAAGACUACAAAGAUGGUGAGACCAAUUUGAAUCAGGCUCUUGAUCUCUGCAUUAAAGUUCUUGUUAAGACAUUGGACACAAACAAGCUGACUGCUGAUAAAGUUGAGAUAGCCACACUGACGAGAUCCAACGACAAAACUCGGAUUCGAAUUCUCAAAUGUAGUGAGCUGGAGCAGCUGAUCAAGAAAUAUGAAGCCGAAGAAGCUAAGAAUGAAAAAGAGAAGAAGAAAGCUGCUUAAAUGUUCCAGACUAUGACUGUAGAAGCAACGUUUUGAACAUUUGCUCUGAUUAAAUUAAAUUAUAAAUGAACUUGAUAGCUCUUAAUAACUAAAUAUCAUUUGUGUAUGUAAACUAAACGAUGUUUGUUUGUCUGUGGUUAUUUGAUAAGGAAAACUUGUUUUACGCUUAAACUGUCAUUGUUUAUACAUUUUAAUUCAUUAAUUUCAAUGAAAAUAAAGUAUAACGUUAAUUCCAU